UGAAGUGAUCAGAGUUCAGAGCACUAAGUGGUCAGAGAGGGAAUGACCAGCAGCAAGUAGGACAUCUGCACUCAGCCAUCUCCUGAGGCUGAACUGCCCCACUGAGAAGAUGAAGGUCUUCGUGGCUGCCCUCUUUCUCCUCCUCCUCAGCCUCAGCACUGCUUCUGCUUCUGCUUCCUACAGCCAGGCAAGAAGUCCUAUGUCGGUGAACAUUUCACCCAGCUGCUGCCUGAAGUAUGAAGAGAAAGUAUUACCAAGGAAACUGGUGGUGGGAUACAGAAAGGCCUUCAACUGUAACCUGCCAGCAAUCAUCCUCGUCACCAAAAAGAAACGAGAGAUCUGCACCAAUCCCAACAACAAGUGGGUCCAAGAUUACAUCAAGGAUCCCAACCUGCCUUUGCUACCCCCCAGGAAGUUGCCCCAGGUUAAAUCUAUCUGAUCAUAGAAAGGCCUAGCCCAGCUCCCCAACUCCUCAUGAUAAUUAAGCCUCGGUGGGAGCCCAGGUUCAAGAAAGAAAGGUGUGACCCUAUGAAAAAUGAGGGCAGCCUUGUGGUCUGAAUGACAGUCACAUUCAGAGAAAUGAGCCAGUGAUCCAAAAAAUAAAAGUACUUUGAAUAUUUUCUCAAUCUCUGGAGGAAAUGCCAGAGUUAAGGGAGGUGAGCAGGCAUACAUUCUUAAUACACAGAAAAACGCCUUCCACAUCUUUCCCCUUGCUCACAAUCUCUCACCUAACACCAGUACAACCAUUCUAAUAACUGCAUCCCACUCCCAACCAGCCUGACUCAUUAAGAGCUCCACAGAACUCUUGACUUUUCUUGUCCAUCCUUAUCCUAUUUCUAGAUCGCUCCCCCCCACACCCCGCCCUCUAUUUUUUUUUUUCUUUUAAAACAUAAUUUUUGGGAACAUUUGAAAUCUAGUGUCCCUGCAUAUGUCAUCAGUUUGGCUUUGGCUUAAAUGAACAUAUACAAAAACUCUCAGGAAAAAAAAGGAAUAACUUUUUCUUAGCAGGCCAGGGUGGAAAUAUCACAUGCUAAUGAUCUUUGUCUUUUUUUUUUAAGUGUCACCUGAGAAUAUGUUUAUUGAUUUUUAGAGAGGAAAGGGGAGAAAGAGAAAAAAACAACAGUGACAUCCAGCCACAAGCUAGGUAUGUGCUCUGACCAGGAAUUGAACCCACAAACUUUCAGUGCAUAGGACAAUGCUCCAAUCAACUGAGCUGCCAGGCCAGGGCUGAUCUUGGACACUUUUGCUGAGGUUUUGCCACCUCCCUAAGAUUUGGUCUCCCCCUCAGGUGGCGUGGGUACAGAGAGUGUAAAAACAAAAGAAGAGGUGAGACUUUCUAGCUCCUACACUAAGCUUUUCGGGACAGGAAAAGGGCAUUAGACUAGGUUAAGGGUAAAAAUCUUGGUCCAAAACUCAACCAUUCAAUAAAGAAAAUUUCCUUUAAUCCUAA